CAAGACACAUACAGAUCUGUAUGUGUAUAAAACGAUGUUUAUACUUUGUAUUGAGUCUAAUUGACAGCAGCUGCAUCAUUUUUGCAACGCGGUGGGCAACAUAUAAAGCUUGCUUUUCCGGGUGGUGUACAAAGAGACACGGAAGGGUUAAAAACUAGCAUGGCGGAAAUGGAGCUGAAUGUACCGUCAGGACCGGCAAGUGCUAUCAUAAACGCUACAAAUAUGAGCGCUCCGAUAGAUGGUAUUCAUCCAGUCGGGCCGCUUUUUAAUUGGCGCAUGAUGUUCUACUUGGUACAUCCCAAUGAAGUUCCGGAUCUGGAUGCGAAAGACCUUGGCCGUGUACCCAACUACUUUGCCCAGGCUACCCCCAUAUUUUACGCGAUGCUGUUAAUUGAACUGGUCGUAAAAUACUGGUAUACGGGAAAGGGCUUCCGUUUGAACGAUAGCAUCACUUCCAUAACUGCUGGACUGACCAUGAUGACUACGAAAUUCCUCGUGCGGGGAGCGGAUUUAUUGCUAUAUGUGUAUUUAUUUGAUAACUGGAGAUUGUGGACGAUUCCGCUGCGUAGCUGGUCAGGCUGGAUUACGGCGGCGCUUUUGGCGGAUUUAUCUUUUUAUUGGUUGCACAGGAUAAGCCAUGAGGUCAGCAUUUUGUGGGCCACUCAUCAGACGCAUCACAGUUCGGAGGAGUUCAACUUGACAACAUCGCAGCGCCAGAGCAUCUUUGGUGGACUGUACGCUUGGAUUGCCUACCUUCCGAUGGCAGUGUUCGGCUUCACACCUGUUGCGCAUAUUAUCCACUUUCAGAUUAACCAGUUGUAUCAGUUUUUCAUUCAUACGACAAUGAUAAAAAACAUGGGGCCACUGGAGUUAUUUCUCAAUACUCCCAGUCAUCAUCGCGUGCAUCAUGGCAGAAAUCGAUAUUGCAUCGAUAAAAAUUAUGCGGGCGCUUUAAUCAUCUGGGAUAAGAUGUUUGGGACAUUCGAGCCGGAACAUCCUAACGAGCAAAUCGUCUACGGUCUCCUGCAGCCGGUGAACACCUUCAACGUCAUGUGGAUCCAAUUCGGCUAUGUCGUCGAGUCCAUUAGAAAAUUGUCCCACUACGACACCAUUAGGGAUAAAAUUAGUUCCCUGAUUAUGGGGCCGGGAUGGAAACCAGGAAGUCAGCGUCUGGGAGAUCCCGCCAAGUUGCCUGAUAUCAAAGCACCGAUGCCAGUGUACGACGUGAAGCUAUCUACAGGAAAGAAAAUCUACUGUGUCAUCCACACCGUGUCAGUGAUGUGGUUUUUCAAUCAUUGUGCCCAGCAUUACGAGCAGUGGAGUAUGGCAACGGCGGCAUUAGCCUGUUUGUGCGUUUUCGUCACGGUUGGCCAUAUGGGGUCACUGCUGGAUGAUCGCUGGUGGAUACCGGCUGCGGAGAUUGUUCGGUGUGGUGCUGGUUUCGGAAUUCUUAGAGCGUUCGAUGUUUCUCAGGAUGUCCGCAACACGGCGAUUGUGCUGUAUUUUGCUUCGAUCGUUUACUGGAUUACAGUGGUCGUUUCCUUGGGUAUGGGCAAAAGGUUAUCGACUGCGCUCAGAAAAAAGAAAAUGAUCGAAAAGGCUGUGAAAUCGGUCUCCCCAGUUAAACACAAAUAAUGCAGUUGCCUGUAUCAUGCUGUAUGUAUCAAUCAUUUCUGGCUCAGAUGAUUCAUAUCGAGUCAUAUGUUACACUAACAAACAAUCAUUCCAUUGUCACUGUUUGUUAUUCAUUAUUAAGAAAAUAUGAAUUACUGUCUCUAGGAGUAUCGUAGAUGUUUCAGUACUGCGGGCAAACCGGCAAAGCUCGUUAUAAAUCCGCUGUA